UGUGUGUGUGUAUGUGUGUGUGUGUGCAGUUAUUGACUGUAAACCCAGAGCAUCGCUUCUGUAGUCUGGCUCAGAUGCAGACGGCGCCCUACCUCUCCGAUGUCAACUGGGACGACGAUUAUCAGUAGAAGAUGGAGCCCGGCUUCGUUCCCAACAAAGGUCGUCUGCACUGCGACCCCACCUUUGAGCUGGAGGAGAUGAUUCUGGAGUCUCGACCGCUGCAGAAGAAGAAGAAGAGACUUGCCAAGAACAGAUCCAGAGACAACAGCAAAGACUCACAGUCUGAGAACGAGUAUCUUCAGGAGUGCCUUGAAGUCGUCCAGCAGGAGUUUAUGAUCUUCAACCGUGAAAAGCUGAAGCGGCGGCAGGAGGAGGGCUGUGCGGGAGCAGAUGCAGACGCAGACGAAGCUGAAGGAGGAACAGAAGACGAGGAGACGGAGCCCGAACCCGAGGCUGAGGCUGAGGCUGAGGCUGAGGUUGAACCUGAGGCGUCCUCCAAGCGGAGCAUGUGCGGGUCGGUGUGUUCGUCUCCGGGGAGCUGCUAGCGGUCGUCAGCA